UCUGCUUGGGCUGGGGUGCAGUGACAAGGCUCAGAGCUGUGCCUGCUGCUGCCCUCAGCGCACAACGGACCUGCUGAAGGAUUCCUACCUCUCCACAGAGCAAUAAUAAUGACCCAGCUGCAAUUUAAAGAUGCUUUUUGGUGCAAGGAGUUCACCUUCCACACCGGCUACGAGGUGCUUGUACAGCGGCUGCUGGAGGGGAAGAAGAUGUGCAAAGAUGUAGAGGAUUUACUCAAGCAGAGAGCACAAGCAGAAGAGAGAUAUGGGAAAGAGCUGGUUCAAAUCGCCCGAAAAGCAGGAGGACAAACAGAAAUCAACACACUGAAGGCAGCAUUUGAGAUGCUCAAGCAACAAAUUGAAAGUGUUGGAAAUUCUCAUAUCCAGCUGGCAGUGAUGCUGAAGGAAGAACUGAAAGGAAUAGAAGAGUUCCGAGAAAGGCAGAAGGAGCAAAGAAAAAAGUAUGAGUCUGCAAUGGAGCGGAUGCAAAAGAGCAAGUUGUCCCAGUAUAAGAAAACCAUGGAGUCCAAGAAGAGCUACGAGCAGAAGUGCAGGGAGGCGGAUGAGGCUGAGCAGUCCUUGGAACGCACCAGUGCUUCAGGCAGCCAAAAGCAAACAGAAAAGAGCCAGAACAAAGCCAAGCAAUGCAGAGAUGCAGCAAAUGAAGCAGAGAACGUGUACAAACAGAACAUCGAGCAGCUGGAUAAGGUCAGGACAGAGUGGGAACAGGAACAUAUCAAAACCUGUGAGGUGUUCCAGCUCCAGGAGUGCGACCGCAUCACAGUCCUGCGGAAUUCGCUGUGGGUGCACUGCAACCAGCUGUCCCUGCAGUGUGUGAAGGAUGAUGAGCUGUAUGAAGAGGUUCGGGUCAGCUUGGAGAACUGUGUUGUAGAGUCAGACAUAGACUACUUCAUUAAGACAAAAAUGACAGGAACACAACCUCCAGCUGCCAUAGGGUACGAGAACUACUACAGCAGAGAGCGCAGCAGCAGCCCCACCCAGUCCUGUGGCAUGAUGAAGAGAUUCUCUGGACUACUGCAUGGGAGCAGCAAAAACAACAUGGAAACUGCCACUCCUUCAGCCCCUCCUCUGGAGAGAACAGACGGAGUCUAUGCAUCGCUUUUUGUAAAUGAAAAUGCUGGGACAUCACAGGACUACAGAGUACUUUAUGACUACACAGCCCAGAACGUGGAUGAACUGGACAUCAGGGAAGGAGACAUUGUAGUUGUGAUUGCAGAAAAUGAGGACGGCUGGUGGACAGCAGAAAGGAACGGACAGCGAGGCUUCGUGCCAGGCUCUUAUCUUGAAAAGCUUUGAUGGAAAGUUCUCAGACUUUACAAAUAUUCUAUUACUGUAAACAGUCAGUACACAAGAUCUGCUUCAGCUGACCAAGUCAUCCCAAUAAUAAUGUUUUCUACAACUACCAGUCAGGAAAUUACCAACUGACCAUGCUUUUUACUCCCUUGCUCCUGCCUCAUCCCAUUACUCUCCUGGCCUACACUAUCUGAAAAAACCAUCAUCACUCCUGAGAGAUUAGGACUUGCAUGUUUUGGCACAGUCCUACCCUCAGCACACUGUGCUGCCAGCAGCGUCUCAAAGCUCGGUGAUCCUGGCAGGAAAAUCCUGAAAGAAAGAAAAUCCUGAAGGAAAAUCCUGAAAGAAAAUCCAGACCUCAACUGUACAAAGGGAAAAGAUCACAGAAGCAAGUGCAGUUUCUCCAGGAGGGAGGACUGUGUCCAGCCAGCCUGGGAGCCACCCUGAUGGUCACAGCCACGUUCUCUGCCAUGGGUCCCUUUCUCUCCAUGCACAGGCCAUGCUGGCAUUUUUCACAGAGGAAAAAUUUUUCACACAGAUGGCUUAUCAGUCAUGGAUGAAAACACAAACAGAAACAGUGAAUGCAGCCAGAAAGGAGCACCUGGAGGACUGGGACACAUCCCUAGCAGGGAAACAUGAGGCACUCGCCAUCACAACCAUCUCCUAACAUAAUGAAAUCCAUGUCAGCCAUGGCUCUGCUUUGUACUGGGU